GUCGCCGUCUCCGCGUCUUCGGCGGCCGCCGUAACCGGAACUGUGUUGAACGCGGCGGGCCGGGCCUCGGAAGCCGAGCGGCGGCAGCAGCGGCGCCUGCACCCCGUCAGCCGCGGAGCGGACCUGCGGGGCCAGCGCCGCUCGGCGACCGCGUCCGACGCGCGGCUCCCAGCCCCGCGCCGCGGUCUCGCCGCUGCCGGCGCUGCCGGGCCCGGCCCGUUCUGCGGGCGUCCGCGGAGGCCCGGGGACCCGGGGAGCCAGUCUGCCGCGAGGCGUGGAUGACGAAGGAUGACAGUGAAGCUGGGCGACGCCGGCAGCGGGGAGGACGGCCUCAAGAAGCUGGGCAAGAGGGCUGCCGAUGAGGAGUCGCUGGAGGGCGAGGCGCCCGGCGGCGACGCGGCGGAGGACAGCAGCGGCACAAAGAGGGCCGAGCCCAGCCCGCGGGCCGACGGCCCCGCGCCCCCCGGAGCGCCGCCCGCGCCCUGCCCGCCGCAGGGCAGCCCGCAGGACCAGCACCACUUCCUCCGGUCCAGCGUGCGGCCGCAGAGCAAGAGGCCCCGGAAGGACGCGCCGGUCGCGGCGGGCGGCGGCGCCAGCGGCUCCGGGCCCCGCGGGAGAGGAGCUGACAGUAGCGGGUCAACCUCUGGAAACGUGUCUGGUGUUGUCCCUGCUGCCCCUGCAGGGGGCUCUCGCUCGUCCUCCCGGAACUUAGGGUCCUCAGGGGCUGAGAAGGAGGAAGGCAAGAAGGUCCGGCGGCAGUGGGAGUCGUGGAGCACAGAGGACAAGAACACCUUCUUCGAGGGACUGUAUGAGCAUGGGAAAGAUUUUGAAGCGAUUCAGAACAACAUUGCCUUGAAGUACAAGAAGAAGGGCAAGCCUGCAAGCAUGGUGAAGAACAAAGAGCAGGUGCGGCACUUCUACUACCGCACCUGGCACAAGAUCACCAAGUACAUCGACUUUGACAACGUGUUCUCUCGAGGGCUGAAAAAGUCGUCCCAGGAGCUGUAUGGCCUCAUCUGCUAUGGCGAGCUGCGCAAGAAGAUCGGGGGCUGUAUGGACGACAAGAAUGCCACGAAGCGGAAUGAACUCAAGCCAGUGGGAGCCACCACAGUACGUUACAAAGGGAGGAACCUGCGGAUCAAAGCACCCAUGUGCCGGGCCCUGAAGAAGCUCUGUGAUCCUGAAGGCCUUAGUGAUGAAGAAGACCAGAAGCCAGUGCGCCUGCCCCUGAAAGUGCCUGUAGAACUACAGCCACGCAACAACCAUGCCUGGGCACGAGUGCAGAGUCUUGCCCAGAACCCACGCCUUAGGAUGAUUGUGGAGCUGCAUCGGAAGGUGUCCAGCCUCAUAGAGUUCUUGAAGCAGAAGUGGGCACUCCAGGAAGUGCGAGUUCGGAAGACUCUUGAGGAACGGCAGCUCCCGGGCACCAGCACCCUGCAAAUGCAGGAGAAGGUGGCACUGCACCUGUUCCCUGGCGAGAACUGCACGCUGACGCCUUUGCCCGGCGUGGCCCGGGUGGUGCACUCCAAGGCCUUCUGCACGGUGCACUGGCAGGAGGGUGGCAGGUGCAAGCAGAGCACCAAGGAUGCCCAUUCGCUGCCCCCAGCCCAGAUCCUGGGCAUUCAAAGUGGGCAGGGCACAGCCCGGGGCCAGGUGAAGUGCCCAAGGGGUGGCACUGAGGGCAAGGGCGGUGGGCGGCCCCCUCCUACCAUCGAUGUGUCGCAAAGUUCCGGAGAGAGUUCCCCUGAAAGUACCCCUGGGGAGGGGGCCACCCCAAGUCUGAGCAGCCCGGAUGCUCCCGACAGGCCUCCCCUUGGGCACCAGGACUCCGGGCCAAGUCUCGAGAAGACCCCUGCAGCAGCUCCUGCAGAGGGCGGGGAUGGCCUCACCAGAGAGCCGGGGGCCCUGCCGUGUGCCUGUGGCCAGCUCCCAGACCUGGAGGAUGAGCUGUCUCUCCUUGAUCCCUUACCCCGCUACCUGAAGUCCUGUCAGGACCUUAUCGUCCCGGAACAGUGCUGCUGCACAGACAUGAGGCCUGGGAGAGAUCACCCUCUUCCUGGCAGGGCGGCCUCCCCUGAGGCUCUCACACCCAGCAGCAGGGAGGCUCCUGACGUCGCCCCCCAUGGCCCAGACCCUCAGCCUGGCCCAGCCCCUGGGCUCCCCCUGGAUGGUUGCACUAAAGACCCAGCAGAUGCACCUUCAGAGGAGCCCCAGCAGAAGGGAAGCCCUUUAGAGCUUCCACCGCCUCAGGGACAGCCUGCUUCCAGGCCCCCAAAAGAGGUCCCUGCCAGCCAGCUGGCCCAGCAGCUGCGUGAGGAGGGUUGGAACCUGCAGACAUCUGAGAGCCUCACGCUGGCUGAAGUCUACCUCAUGAUGGGCAAGCCAAGCAAGCUGCAGCUGGAGUACGACUGGCUGGCUGUGCUAGGCCCCGAGGGCCGGGCCACCCACCCCUGCCCCCCGGCCCCCCAUGAGCAACGUCUCCUGAACUGCCUCCUGAGGCUCAUCUCCACGGAGGUCAACCCCAAGCUGGCUCCAGAAGCAAACGCCACAUCCACGGCAUCCGUGAGGCCUGCCCAGGAAGAGCAGUCAACAACCCCCCCAGGGAAGGUGAUGACCAUCAGUUCCCGGAGCCCCCGCUGCCCUCGAAACCAGACUGCCCUCCGCAGCAGCAAGACCUUCCCAUCUGGUGCUGCACCUUGCUCCCCAGGUUUAAGGAACCCCCCGAGGCCCCUAUUGGUGGCUGGUCCCUCCAGCACAGGAAGCAGUGACUCAGAUGGUGGCCUCUUUGCUGUCCCAACGACUUUGCCACCCAACAGCCGACAUGGGAAGCUCUUCUCCCCCAGCAAAGAAGCAGAGCUAACGUUCCGGCAGCACCUAAACUCGAUCAGUAUGCAGUCGGACUUCUUCUUGCCAAAGCCCAGGAAACUGCGAAACCGGCACCUGCGGAAGCCAUUGGUGGUCCAGAGAACGCUGCUCCCCAGACCAUCUGAAAAUCAGUCUCACAACGUGUGCUCCUUCUCCAUCCUGUCCAAUUCUCCCAUUGCUGGGAGAGGCUCAUUCCGGCCCAUCCAGUCUUCUCUGACCAAAGCAGCUCUGUCUCGGCCUAUCGUGCCCAAGGUCCUUCCACCCCAGGCCACAAAUCACUUGGCCAGUGCGGUUGACCUGGCAGCCCAGAGUGCAGGCAUUAUCCCUGGGAGCCCCCUACCGGUCUUGGCUGCUGAGGGCUUGUCUGGCAUCUCCCCACUCUCUUCAGAUGAGGUGACAGCUGCUGCCCCGGGUCAGGACUCCAGUGGACCCCAGCAGAAUGGAGACCCUGUGCCUGCCAUGGGGAGCACAAGUAAUCCAUUCCUCAGCAUCCAUCCAAGGCCAGAGCAGGAGCCAGCAACAGACAACUUCCAGGGUUCGUCUGUUCUCUCCUUACCCGAGCUGCCCAAGACUCCUCCCCAGAAUGGCCUCUGUACCCCUCUGCACUCAGAGAGCUCCAGCGCCCGACUCUCCCCGCCUAACGUCUCUGCACUGCUGGACAUCUCCCUGCCUGGCCCCCCCGAGGAUGUGCUCUCACAGGGGGAGCCCGCCACACAGAUCAGCGACUCCAUCAUCGAGAUUGCCAUCAGCUCUGGCCAGUAUGGUGAAGGAGUCCCCCUUUCUCCAGCAAAACUGAAUGGCAGUGACAGUUCCAAGAGUCUUCCCUCCCCGUCCAGUAGCCCUCAGGCGAACUGGAUCGCCUCCCCCACCCACGACCCCCAGUGGUACCCCAGUGACUCCACAGACUCCUCACUCAGCAGCUUGUUUGCCAGCUUUAUCUCCCCAGAAAAGAGUCGGAAGAUGCUGCCAACUCCCAUCGGGGCUAACAGUGGCACUUCCUUGCUUGGUCCCAGUUUGUUGGAUGGCAACUCACGGGACUCAUUUGUGUCCAGAUCCCUGGCUGAUGUUGCAGAGGUGGUGGAUUCCCAGCUGGUGUGCAUGAUGAAUGAGAACAGCAUUGAUUAUAUAUCUCGGUUCAAUGACCUGGCCCAAGAGCUGUCCAUCACUGAGCCUGGCCGCCGAGAGGUUCUGUUUGACAGUGGUGGAGGAGGCCCCCCUGUUGGUGACCUCUCCCAGUGACCACACCUUGUGGCAAAGGAAUCCUGAGGUCACAGAAGAGGGUUCGUAGGACUGGCUGUACUCAUUUGUGGCAGACAAACCCUCUUCAAACUACAGAGAAAGCAAGUCAAAUCCAGAAUCUCCAGAAGACAGUCACAGGGGCACCUUUGCAUCCCAGGAUGUGCAGCAUGCAGGAGCAGCUGGUCCCAGCCCUGUCCAAGUGGAGGCUUCAACAUCCCAGGAGGCUAGGACCAGCUCCCAGAAUGGUUGAUAUCAGGGAGUGCAGCGGUAUGGUAGCUGCUCCUUGCUCUCCUUGGGCCCAUGCUGGUCCAAGUGGGGAUCCUGUACUGUCUCCACUGUGGUGCUGGACAUUCCAGAGCUUGCUUUUGAGAAGGGGUGUGCCUUGGUGUGGUCAUUGCGUGCUGGAAGACUGCUGCCGCCACCUUCUAACAUUCUUUCACUCACUUGGCUGCUCUGUGGUGGUGCUGAAGGGGACAGUUGGCACAGCACAGGCUCCUGCCUGAUGGGGUGUACACCCCAAGACUGAUGACAGGGCAGAGGAAGGUCCCGGGACAGUAUAUCCAGUGCCAUCUCCCCAGAACACUGACCCUUUCCUUUUGCUUCCCCUGUCCAGAGGGUUUGUUCUGACUGGUGUAACAGGAAGGGGGAAAGGAAUCAUGUCUUACGCAGGUUGCGUGUACAUUUUAUAGGACCCUGCUAAGCUGGUUGAAAAUGUUUUUCUUGUGUUUUAAGAAUUAGGAGACACAGACAAGAAAGAACAGAGUCCUUUGUGCAGCUGGUUUCCUCCCUGUGUUCCCCUGCAAGUUCCUUCCAGGUGAUCUGAGAUGUCCUUUACCUUGACAGGGUUGAUUCCCCAGGUACUAAGGUGACUGCAGGCCAGACUUUGCUGAUGGGUCUUGGAGCGUCUCUCCAGAGGUUCCAUUAGGCGCCUGAGGCUGAUCUGCCUAGCAGGGAAGACAUCCUCUUCUUCAAGAAGCUCCUCCUCCUUUGGCUACAUUGUCAGAGGGUGUGUCCAACACAUUUAGUCCCUGGGCCUGCUUUUGCACUGAGACCUCAAGUUUCUUCUUCCUAAUUAAGGAGACCUGGGCAGGAUUUGGAUUUAGAUGUUCAGGUGUAGUCAGCUUUCCACAUUGUAACCUGAUGACUCCCUCCUGAGUCCCUAUGGUGGCUAGUACCUUUUACUGGAGGUAGCCUAGCAUCUGUUCUUUCCCUAGGUGGGGCUCCUCCACCUUCUCAGCCUCAGGAGAUACAAACACACAAACCACCCUCCAGCCAUAUGUGGUGUGGCAUGGUGCUGGGCAGGUGAGGCCUACACUGCCCUCACCUGAUCACCCUGUCCAGUAGCCCUUUCUAACCCACCUGAAUCUCCCUCCAUCUCUGCUUCCAACUCUUCUUUUCCCCAGUUUGUCUGGUGGCCAUCCAGGCCAACCCUCACCCCCACUGUUCUGUCCCCAUCUGCAGUGAAAAGGGGAGCCUGUGUGCAGAGGGGAAGGAAAGACCUCAGGUGUGGACACUCCAUCCUGUGGUCUCACCAGCUGCUGCAGCUGUGCUGGAUUGCAGGUGUCAGUGGAGGACAUAGGACAGCCUCCCCAUUUCUUUCCCAGGUUCCUCCUGGCACUGGUGCCUGUGGCAAGGCCUCCCACCUCCAGGGCCUCAUAUAGCCUGUGCUGUGACCCCUGCUCUGUGGGAUGAGAAGGGGAAUGUGGCACUGCUUGUUAGGAAAUGGUCAGUGGUGUUUGAACUAGGUUGUCUACGCUUGGUUGCAUGUGGUAUUUAAUAUGUCAUCUUCCUGAAGUCAGCACCUUUCUGAGCUGAAGAUCAGUAGGCCUCUCUGGUCUUGUAUUGUAGGUGAGGACCCCAGGCUGUGCUUGAUGGACCAGCCACAGAGGAUAGAAUCCAUUAAGCAUUGCGCUAGCAGCAUGCCCUGUGGCCCUGGCACAGCGCUGGGCAGGACUUCCCUUAGCUGCUUCCCCUCAGGAACACCUGAAAAAGGAGCAGAACUAUGGAGACUAGGAUCCACUUCUGUAGGCUUUUGGUAUAGCAGCACCACCCAACUGUGCAGACUACAUUUGGGAGCCCUGCAUAUAGAGCACUUGUCACCCAGUGGAAGGUUAGGGGAUGGAGUGGACUAACUUCCUCCUGCAAUGAAGCUGACAGGAGUCCAGAGAAUUCUGCAGCUUCUCUAGCAUUUGCCUAUCAUUGUUAAGGGGGAAACAUCAUUCACAGCAGAGAAAGUGGAGGCCUUUUCUCCCAGCCCAAACAAAUAUUCAUGCUGGGCAACUGCUAAAAGGCUGGCAUUCUCCACAGCUGGGCAGAGAAGCCUCCCAGGCCCUGCAUCUUCCAAUGGAGUUGUGAUAGUCCAGUAUCCAAGAUCAGUUCCUUGGAAAAAUCUUUCCCUGAUCCUGAUGAUGCCUGCGAUCUUUGUGCUGCUGCAUCUUUUCCAAAGAUUGAGACCAAGGACCUCUGCUAUCAAGGAAGUUGGUGUUUGGCCUCAUUCUUUACUGUGACUAUAGAGUGAUGAGCUUUCCAUCCUUGAGAAGAUGCAGGGGCAAGUUAAAGCUUUGUAGCUCCUGCUUAUUUGUGUAUCCUGUAGGGGUACGGUGCUUGCUCAGGGAGUGGGGAUCUUUGGGGACCCUUCAUCAGACUGUAGAUCUGCUUCCCAUACCUGCAGGUUCUUAGUGUGGAACUCCUGGAGUUUUGUCUUUGUUUUUUCAUUUUAUGGUGACCUCAGUGCCAGUGGAGGUCCUUUUCAGUUUGAAGGCCACACCUUUUGAGUCCAAAUUUGCUCUACAGGACACUGGAAACAAGUGAGGAGGGAAACAGUUAUACCUGCUUUUUGAACACUGAGGUCUGUCAGAUGCAUUUGUGAGGAAACACAGCACUUUUGUCUUAUGAGGAAAAAAGGAAAGAUUUAAAAAAAACACAAACCCAGAGUACACCUCUCCCAGCUGUCAGAGCUGUCCACAUCUCCCAGUAACUUGCCAUGUGAGAUCAGUCCAGUCUUAGAAGCACUGCGCCAACCCACCCACCCCUGUGUUGACAUUGGGGAUCACUGGCUGGAGCACGUGGCCUGGGCCGCACAACUCAGUGCAGUUCGCUUUAAUAAUUAAGCCAUAUCAUCCAAGGUUUCCAGCUUGUUCGAGAUGUGAAUUUGUUUUAUAGAUUAUAAAUACACAGUGUAUGUAUAAAGCAGAAUGCCUGUCCUUCCUGGUUAUUUUUUGUACUAUAUUGUAAAUUAUAUUAUUUAUUCUUUACCAAUUUUGGGAAUAAAAGGUGUUUUGGUUAUUUAAUAUAAUAAAGAAAAGCUGUUAAACUCA